AUGAAGAACCGCUUGAAGAGGACAUACGUUUACAUAAAGUCAAAUUUGAACAAGUUAUCGUCGAUAGCAAGUAUUAUAUGCCUCAUCGAUUGUACUUUAAUUCCGUUAAUCACUGUCCUGAUUUCUAUCUUUAGUGUGGUCCACGAUUCUGAGAAUGGCGAAGCAGAAGCGGGAACUCACAACCAUUCCCACCAUCAUGGAUGGCAGGAAACAGUGGCGCUCUACCUGAUGACGCCGAUAAUUUCGUUCACGACCAUUUACAACUUUAUUCAGCUGAAAAACUUCUCCCUUUUCAUCUUCACGCUCGUGGGAAUCACAAUGUUUGUGCUGUCCCACGCUCAUAUUGAGUUCAGAGAUCAAAAUAUAACGAAUAGACUCAAACAAGCGCACAUACCAAUGUCAAUAUUAGCGGCAAUUAUUUUAAUAAGCACAAAUUAUAUUGCGCACCAACUUUUAAAGUCGAAGAACUUAGAUCCCUGUUGUACCCACAAAAAAAUAACCAAUCAUUUGGAUGAUCAAUCGUGGAAACAGCACCAUCCUCACCAUCAUGACCACCACCGUGAUUUAGAAAUGAAUGAAGAUAACUAUAAUAUGCAUAAUCACACAAGCAACAAUGACAAUGUUGCCAAUCAUGAAAAGUAUUACAAUAUUAGAUUUCAGCAGCAUAAUAAUGAUCACGAAUUAGUUAGAUUUUUGUGA